CUCCAGGACUACAAGUCCCGUGGUGCCACGCGCGGCGUGGUGACGUCACGCGCGGCGCUGGGGUUACCCCGCGCGGCCCCGGAUGUAGGUCCCUUUCCCCCCCGGAAGAUGGCGGGUGAGAAGGCGCCCGCGGAGAAGAAGCCGGCCAAGAAGAAGGCAGGAGAGAAGAAGCCGGAGCAGAAGCCGAGCCAAAAGGCAGCCGGGGACAAGAAGAAGAGGGUGAAGAAGCACCAUGCCAGCAGGAACCCCGUCCUGGCCCGCGGCAUCGGGCGGUAUUCCCGCUCCGCCAUGUACGCCAGGAAAGCCCUGUACAAGCGCAAGUACACGGCUCCAGAGACAAAGAUAGAAAAGAAGAAGAAGCAGAGGCCCCGUGCCACCAUCACCAAGCCAGUGGGUGGAGACAAGAACGGAGGCAGCCGGGUGGUUAAAAUCCGGAAAAUGCCCAGGUACUACCCCACGGAGGACGUGCCCCGCAAGCUGCUGAGCCACGGCAAGAAGCCGUUCUGCGAGCACAAGCGGCGGCUCCGCGCCUCCAUCACCCCGGGCACGGUGCUCAUCCUGCUCACCGGGCGGCACCGCGGCAAGCGUGUUGUCUUCUUGAAGCAGCUGGACACUGGCCUUCUGCUGGUUACAGGCCCCCUGGUUGUCAACCGUGUCCCCCUGCGUAGGGCCCACCAGAAGUUUGUUAUUGCCACAUCUACAAAGGUUGAUCUCACUGGAGUGAAAAUUCCCAAACAUCUCACUGAUUCCUACUUCAAGAAGAAGAGGCUGCGGAAGCCCAAGCACCAGGAAGGCGAGAUCUUUGACACUGAAAAAGAAAAGUACGAGCUGACGGAGCAGCGCAAGGCAGACCAGAAGGCCGUGGAUUCCCAGAUCCUGGCCCGGAUCAAGAAGGUGCCUCAGCUCCGUGGGUACCUGCGCUCCACCUUCUGCCUCUCCAAUGGAGUCUAUCCUCACAAAUUGGUGUUCUAGGCCUUCUGAAAGCACCACAUUAAAUUCCAAGGGAAAAAAAAA